AUGCUUGUCUCAAAGCUUAAGCCAUGCAAGUGUAAGUUCACGCCACGCAUUAGAACGGGUGAAACCGCGAAUGGCUCAGGAACCGGACCUAAUCCUCGAGACCACCGAUGCGCGUCAUUCCGUCCUCUCGUUGCGGUUGUCGUCGUUGCCGGCGGCGUUUCGCGGCGGGGCCAAAGGGCGGCGCGCUCCGCUUUGGUGACUCUGGAUAACUCACUGGUCGAUCGCACUGGCUUUCACGCCUGGCGACGGGUCUCUCGAGGGUCCGCCCUAUCAACUGUCGACGGUCGGUUAAGUGCCUACCAUGGUUGCAACGGAGCUUUCUUACAUCCUUUCUUUCUUUCUUUCAUCUAUCUAUCUAUCUAUUCUGUUCAUAUCUAUCUAUCUAUCUAUCUAUCUAUUUAUCUAUCUAUCUAUGUAUCUCAGUUUGUACAUAUCUAUCUUUCUAUCUCUCCCAGUCUGUUCAAAUCUAUCUAUGUUCAUACCUAUCUUAGUCUAUUGAUAUGUAUCUAUCUUAGUCUGUUCAUAUCUAUCUAUCUAUCUAUCUAUCUAUCUAUCUAUCUAUCUAUCUAUCUAUCUACGUUCAUACCUAUCUUAUAUCCGGCUAGUUUGGCACAAGGCGAUAAUUUCAAGAGCUUGAUUUCUUUCUUUUAUUUCUAUCUAUCUAUCUAUCUAUCUAUCUAUCUAUCUAUCUCAGUUUGUAUAUAUCUAUCUUUCUAUCUCUCCCAGUCUGUUCAAAUCUAUCUAUCUAUCUAUCUAUCUAUCUAUCUAUCUAUCUAUCUAUCUAUCUAUUCUGUUCAUAUCUAUCUAUCUAUCUAUCUAUCUAUCUAUCUAUCUAUCUAUCUAUCUAUCUAUUCUGUUCAUAUCUAUCUAUCUAUCUAUCUAUCUAUCUAUCUAUCUAUUGAUCUAUCUAUCUAUCUAUCUAUGUUUAUACCUAUCUUAGUCUAUUUAUAUGUAUCUAUGUUAGUCUGUUCAUAUCUAUCUAUCUAUCUAUCUAUCUAUCUAUUCUGUUCAUAUCUAUCUAUCUAUCUAUCUAUCUAUCUAUCUAUCUAUCUAUCUAUCUCAGUUUGUACAUAUCUAUCUUUCUAUCUCUCCCAGUCUGUCCAAAUCUAUCUAUCUAUCUAUCUAUCUAUCUAUCUAUCUAUCUAUCUAUCUAUUCUAAGUCUGUUCAUGUCUAUCUAUCUAUCUAUCUAUCUAUCUCAGUCAUUUUUCAAUUGUUUAUUGGGAUAUUUUAAAUUAAACUGGCUUUCUUCCCUCAUUUCUUUCUUUUUUCUUUCUUUCUUUCAUUCUUUCUUUCUUUCUUUCUUUCUUUCUAUCUAUCUUAUCUAUCUAUCUAUCUAUCUAUCUAUCUAUCUAUCUAUCUAUCCCAGUCAAUUCUUAAUCUCAUUCUUUCAUUCCUUCUUUCUUUUCUUUCUUUCUUUCUUUUUCUUUCUUUCUUUCUUUCUUUCUUUCUUUCUUUCUUUCUUUCUUUCUUUUCACAGCCAAUCCUAUUUUAGUAUAUGCCUAAUUCUUUCGAUAUACUUGUCUGCUUGUCAAUCUGUCACAGUGUCUCUCAUAUUCUCACUCUCUUGA